AGCACCCGGCGUGCCUCUAUGGUUCUUCCUGUCCUUAGUCGGGAGGGGGCGCUGUGCGCAGGCGCGAGGUGACGCCGCGGCAGGGCCGGAAGGAGUGCAGCGGCUGCCUCAGCGGCGGCGACGGAGCUCACAGCUGCAGCUUCUGAGGAGUAAGUGGCGCGGCAGCAAAGGCCGCCGAGCCCGCCUGGCUAGCCGGGGAGUUGAGUGGCGAACCUUUUGAAACAGAUGGUCACCAUGUUUAGAUACUAACAGUUGCAUAUGUGCAUGUCUGCAUUUAAAAAUGGCAGAGGGAAACAACAAUGAAGAGGUAAUUCACUUGAACAACUUUCACUGCCAUCGGGGACAAGAGUGGAUCAGUCUCAGAGAUGGGCCCAUCACCAUAUCUGACUCCUCAGAUGAGGAAGGGAUUCCAAUGCUGGUCACCCCAGCUCCUCAGCAACAUGAAGAAGAGGACCUGGAUGAUGAUGUCAUCCUGACAGAAACAAAUAAACCUCAGACAUCACGACCCAAUCUCAUCAAACCAGCUGCCCAGUGGCAAGAUCUGAAAAGGUUGGGAGAAGAAAGGCCUAAAAAGUUUAGAGCAGCAUUUGAAUCAGAUAAAAGCCGCUAUUUUUCAGUGUAUAACAACCCGUUGUUUGAUUCUGGGGCACAGGACGAUUCUGAGGAUGACUACGGUGAAUUUCUGGAUCUUGGGCCUCCUGGAGUCUCUGAAUUCACUAAGCCAAGUGUCCAAACAGAUAGAGAACCCAAGCCUGGACCGAGUCGUAACCAAGCAGCAAAUGACAUUGUCAGCCCCAGAUCAGAGCAGAAAGUCGUCAUCUUGGAAGAAGGUAGCCUUCUUUACACAGAAAGCGAUACUUUGGAAACUCAGAAUCAGUCAUCCGAAGACUCAGAAACAGAGCUAUUAUCAAAUCUGGGAGAGUCAUCUGCUCUGGCAGAUGAUCAGGCCAUCGAAGAAGACUGCUGGCUAGAUCAUCCUUACUUCCAAUCUGUGAACCAACAGCCCCGUGAGAUAACAAACCAGGUUGUUCCUCAGGAACGGCAGCCUGAAGCAGAGCUGGCCCGCUUGUUGUUUCAGCAUGAAUUCCCCGGGCCAGCUUUUCCAAGGCCAGAACCUCAGCAAGGUGGGAUUUCAGACCGCUCUUCUCCUCAGCCUGCCCAUCCUAUAGGGGAGUUUGAAGACCAACAGUUAGCAAUUGAUGAUGAAGAGCCAGGUCCAGCCUUUCCAAUGCAAGAACCUCAAGAGCCCAAUUUAGAAAACAUUUGGGGGCAAGAGGCUACAGAGGUAGAUCAAGAACUUGUUGCACUAUUAGUGAAGGAAACGGAAGCAAGAUUUCCAGAUGUAGCAAAUGGUUUUAUUGAGGAAAUAAUUCAUUUGAAGAAUUAUUAUGAUCUGAAUGUACUUUGUAAUUUUCUUCUGGAAAAUCCAGAUUAUCCAAAGAGAGAAGAUAGAAUCAUUAUAAAUCCCAGUAGCAGUCUGCUGGCCAGCCAAGAUGAGACAAAGUUGCCUAAAAUAGACUUUUUUGACUAUUCUAAGUUGACUCCUCUAGACCAGCGCUGCUUCAUCCAAGCUGCUGACCUCCUCAUGGCCGACUUCAAAAUGCUCAGUAGUCAGGACAUUAAGUGGGCCCUGCAUGAGCUUAAAGGACACUAUGCCAUCACCCGAAAGGCCUUUUCUGAUGCCAUUAAAAAAUGGCAGGAGCUAUCACCAGAAACCAGUGGAAAAAGGAAGAAGAGAAAAGAAAUGAAUCAGUAUUCUUACAUCGAUUUCAAGUUUGAACAAGGUGACAUAAAAAUAGAAAAGAGGAUGUUCUUUCUGGAAAAUAAGCGGCGACAUUGUAGGUCCUAUGACCGGCGUGCUCUCCUUCCAGCUGUGCAACAAGAGCAGGAGUUCUAUGAGCAGAAAAUCAAAGAGAUGGCAGAGCAUGAAGACUUUUUGCUUGCCCUGCAGAUGAAUGAAGAACAGUACCAAAAGGACGGCCAGCUAAUUGAGUGCCGCUGCUGCUAUGGGGAAUUUCCAUUUGAGGAGCUGACACAGUGUGCAGAUGCUCACUUGUUCUGCAAAGAGUGUCUCAUCAGAUACGCUCAAGAGGCAGUCUUCGGAUCUGGAAAGUCGGAGCUCAGCUGCAUGGAAGGCAGCUGCACGUGUUCGUUCCCAACCAGUGAGCUGGAGAAGGUGCUCCCCCAGACCAUCCUGUAUAAGUACUAUGAGCGAAAAGCUGAGGAGGAGGUUGCAGCAGCCUACGCUGAUGAGCUUGUCAGGUGCCCCUCCUGUAGCUUUCCUGCUCUGUUGGACAGUGAUGUGAAGAGGUUCAGCUGUCCUAAUCCUCGCUGCCGAAAGGAAACCUGUAGGAAGUGUCAGGGACUCUGGAAAGAACAUAAUGGCCUCACCUGUGAAGAGCUGGCUGAAAAAGAUGACAUCAAGUACCGUACCUCUAUUGAAGAAAAAAUGACUGCUGCCCGCAUUAGAAAAUGCCACAAGUGUGGGACUGGCCUCAUCAAAUCUGAAGGCUGCAACCGCAUGUCUUGCCGCUGUGGUGCCCAGAUGUGCUACCUCUGUCGAGUUUCUAUCAAUGGAUAUGACCAUUUCUGCCAGCAUCCCCGCUCCCCAGGAGCCCCUUGCCAGGAGUGUUCAAGAUGCUCUCUCUGGACUGACCCCACUGAAGAUGAUGAGAAGCUUAUUGAGGAAAUCCAGAAGGAAGCUGAAGAGGAACAGAAAAGAAAGAAUGGAGAGAAUACCUUCAAACGCAUCGGACCCCCACUGGAGAAGACCAUGGAGAAGGUACAGAGGGUAGAGGCCCUCCCGAGGCCUGUCCCACAGAACCUGCCGCAGCCACAGAUGCCACCCUAUGCCUUUGUGCACCCACCCUUCCCCCUGCCGCCUGUGCGGCCUGUGUUCAACAACUUCCCACUCAACAUGGGACCCAUCCCAGCCCCAUAUGUGCCCCCGCUGCCCAAUGUGCGGGUCAACUAUGACUUUGGUCCUGUCCACAUGCCCUUGGAGCACAACCUGCCCAUGCACUUUGGCCCCCAGCCACGGCAUCGCUUCUAAUGGCCCGGAACCCCCACUGAGCAGCACAGAGCCCAUUUAGGGUGGGGGUAUGGGAUGGAGAACACUCCCCUCCCCCAAGGCUGGUGGCUGUGCCAUUGCUUCCUAAGGUUGAAGGGUAGGCUGGUUUUCUUCCCACCUCUUUCCUAGAAGGGCCACUGCUCCCGGAAGAUUGGCCACAGCUGGAGGGCCUGCAUGGGAUUGGUCUGGCUCCCACUCAGCAGAGUCAAAAGGGCCUCAAAGCCCUUCUUUGAAGAGUUCUGCCAUCCUGGCAGGUAGCAUGGUGGCCCUGGCUGCUGUGUCACUCCAGUCCCUCCAGCAAGAGACCAAGAGGAAAUAUUUUGCCUCCAUUCACUUUUUCCCCUAGCAAACACCAGGGAAAAAACCUCUCAGAAUUAAAACCACAUGAGCCUUCCUUAUAUAGCACAGACAGAUCCAUAAUAAAGAUGAAAAUGGUGGAGUUCAGAGAGAAUUUCGAUGUGAACUGCCCCUCCUCUCCCCCCAGGCCACCAGGGGCGGCCCUUCUGCCUUAUCCCCUUAUCCAUGAUAUAGGCCCUGGCAGGCCACAAUGCCCCUGCCGCUCACACCUGGGCCUCUCCUUGGAGCCAACCCUUGGGGAGCAAGGCAGCUCCAAGGAGCCACUUCCUGGAGGUCCUCACAGGGGCUCCAGGUUGGGCAGAGGGAGCUGGCACCAUGGCCUGCAGAGGCACUGCCACAGCCAUAAGGGUCAAGAUGCUUCCCCCAUCCAGAACCCAUGCGCCACUACAGUGAGCAUUGAGGGCACCUCUCUCCCUUCUUACAGCCGCCUCAGAUCAGGCAGCAGCAGACCCAUAUUGUGCCAUGGGUUUUGUUCUGUUGCCAUCUAAGUUUCUCUUCCCCAGUCUCUGGAAAGUCAGGCUGAUAAAUCCUUACCCAGGCUAGGCCAUUGCAGCAUGCUGGAUGGUUCUGAAGCUGGCCCACCGAAAGAUCCUCUUGAGGUAGCUGGGACAGAGACCUGGUGGCCCUGCCAGGCAGCCCAACUGCUGCAGAAGACAUUUCUGCCACCCUGGGUGAUGAGCAGCUUUUCCCUAUGGUUUUCUGGGGGAGGAGUGGGCCUCCUUAGCGGGACAGGUGACCCUGGGUGCCACCCCUGGAAGCCCCUAUGUGUUCUCAAGUGCUUGGUAAAGGCAGGUAGACGGUGCUGUCCAGUACCCCCCAUAUGAGGGCCACUUCCCUUCUCAUGGAGUCAGCUGAGCAUCAGCUCAGCCCUGCCAUGUCCCUACUCAUUCUCCUUGCCUCCUGACCAGCCCUGGGUUCCCAGCUGUGCCUGAGGCAUCACUCUGGCCCAUUGGCAGAUGAGAGGCCUGAAGCCUUCUUGGCCACAGGUGUUACUUUCUUCUCUUGGCCUGCUGUGUUCUUGUGUUGCCAUGGGGUUCUGAGAGGUUUGGGGUUCACAGACCUCAGACAGGACUGACCCUGACAGUCAUUAGGGUGGGGCUGCUUCAGCCUCUGGAGCAGCCCUCCAUCCUCCUGCAGCAGGGCUGCCCCACCCAAGGUCCCCGGGGCUGGAGGGCACCAUCAUUCACUGUCAUUGGCUUCUCGGAUGUAUUUCAAGUACUAGAGUGUAUUUAAAAAGAUCUAAGAUGGCCAGGCGUGGUGGCUCACACCUGUAAUCCCAGCACUUUGGGAAGCCG